CUGAAGGAAAGAGGGUGAAGGAAGAGGGGGCACAGACCUGGGGUUAUGUCCGAGGGCAACUACCACCAGAGGCCGGACUGAGAAGAGGAAAGCACCUGGUUUGCGGAUACCUGGCAAAGGUCUUCUUCAGGAUCAAGCGGACCUUGUUUCAUAGAGCGUUUCCACCUAGGAGAGGAUAGCAGCGGUCUCUCCUGGCACCCUGAGGCUGUUGCCCCCUCGUCUGCAAAAAGAAAUUAGGUAGAGUUGCUCUGGCCUCAUCUUCCGUUUACCGGCCUUCUUUAGAAAUCUUAUGCUCAGCCUGACGUCUGCCGUUCUUUCGGUACCCCCGCCGCCGCCGCUUGUAGGUGAGGGCCCAGCGAAUUCCCGUGACGUCGAGUCCAGCUUUGGUUACGCGCCAGGUUCACCCAACACCGCUAGCCCCGUCUACUAAAAUAAGAGUUUGCGUUUUGCCAUGCACCGUGCCCAAGUGAUGAUGAACUUGGCCAAAAGCAGGGAGGCAGCCCCCGACGCGUCUGCGCCUCCUUCUCGGACCUUUGGAAGAACUUUAACUGCUCCUCCAAGCCCAGGAAUGCCCCCUAAGCGUCCCAAGGAGAUGGGGGACUCGCAACCCUCACCUCCCCAGUUUAUCCGCAAACUAAAGAAUGCGGCGGUCGGCACCGGCUGUGAUAUCCGGCUAAAGGUGGCAUUGUCUGGGCACCCGCAGCCGACGCUAAACUGGUACAAAAACCAAGAACCUCUUAAUCCUGACGGAGAGGAAUACGGAACGCUGUGCGUCAGGGACACCAAGAUGGAGGACGCUGGCGUUUACACUUGCGUGGCCCAGAACCCUUUGGGAGAAGCCAUCACCAGCGCCGUGCUCGCCAUCAUCGAAUUAGAAGACUCUGAGCCAGGAGAAGAAGAUGCUGGGGGUCCCCAAUUACAGCGUACAAUCCGUGCACCAAACAACACGCCCCUCGGGACCCCUUCAGGGGACUCGGACACUCUGCUGGCCAGCUCCCUACAUACCACUCCCAGCACUCUGACCGGACUUUCUCAGACCGACGAACUCUCUGAUUGGUCAGGCAGCCAGCAGACGGUAGUAGAAAGGGAUGCAAGGAACGCAAGGCAAGGCGCUACUCAGGGGGGAGUGGCUCGCCAUCUAGGGGUGGAGCCUCUCAUCCCUGCAUCCAGCAACGAGUUGCCUGGCAGUGUCUGGGGGUCAGAGGUCAGCCUUUCAGGGUUCAGCGACCUCUAUAGCAGCGCCUUCAGCCUUUACCGGGGCAGAUCUUGUGCCAUCCGGGUUUUUUUGCCAGAGGGAGGGCUGCGUAGGGGCAGUAUCAACGGCGCCAUCCCAGACUCACCAAGACCUCAUUUGAAUCCUAAGCCUCCUAUCCUACCUCCACCUUCUCCACGGCUCAGCCAGCGCCCAGCUCCCAUCUCUGGGUCUACCGGCCGUGGGCCUUCAACUCCACUGACACCCCGAAAGAAAGCCGUGAUGCCUUCCCAGUACCAGGAUACAGUGGCAGAAGAGUUUGAAGAGAAAGUUAAGAGGCCAAAGUCAUCUGCCGGGUCUCAAGUCAGUGGUCAAGAUUCCCGGCCUGUUACUCCAGUAAGUGAGUCAUCAGGACGAGUCUCCAUUCUGCGGGCGUCUCCUAAACUGGUCCGUUCAGGUUCCAAAAUCUUUGAAAGAUUACGGUGUCUCGAAGAGAGGAGGAAAAGCCUGGAUCAGACAGACAGCCCCUUCCCUGUCCAGUCUUGGUUACCUCUGCGGAAGACGCGGUCCUUUGAUCAACCUGGAGCUGAAGGCUUGGCUGGUAGCCUGGCUUCAUCCAGUGAAGAGCUAAGGGAUGAUCUGAGAGAUGGCGUGAGAUCAGAAGUGGCAGGAUACACCCUGAGAUGUCCAUCUUUAAGACACAAAACAGCUUCACUUGAUGAUAGAGGAGCCUUCUCGGGACGCCUAAGUGAUAUUGAGACCCGAUUCUCGCAAGAGUUGACUCGAAUCAAGAGGACUGUUUCCCAACAACAGUUGAUUCGGUCUUCGCAGGAUCUGACCCAUAGAUCGCCAUCCCCUCAGAGAUCAGCAUCUACCCAGCCUGUUGUAAAAGACUCUUCUCCAACACAAGUGUUUCCAGAAACAAAACCUCUCAUGGUGGAGGAGAAGAAGCCAGCAACUGUCGUCACCACCCGAAUGCCACAUGUCCGAAGCUGUGCCGUGGUCAACCAAGUAUCGGGAGUCAAAACCCCAGAGAAACCAUCAAACGGCUCUGCUGUCCACGAGGAAAUAAUAAAACAAUCAGAAAUCCGGUUCACGUCACAAAGGCCACCUACAGAAAGAAUUGUCACUCCCAAACCAGUAACUCCAAAAGUACCUCUUCAGAAAGAAAGUAAGACAGACUCUUAUUUAAGGAAGGUCCCGGAGUCUUCAAGAGAGCCCCUGCCGACCAGCACGCAUGCCCCCCAGUCCAUGGAAAUAGCUCAGAGAGGGGUUGGCCAUGAAAAGAGAACUUUGGGGGGUGAGACGAAAUUCCUCCCAUGGGCUGCUCCUCCGGGGGGCAAUGACAAAAGUCAAGCACCGCACGAAAAGGGCGAGGGACAGACCAAGAAGCACAAAAACAACAAAAGCAAAGGAAAGAGUCGUCGGAACAGACCUAUGUCCCCAGAACUAGAAUCGUCGGAUGAUUCCUACAUCUCGGCCGGGGAAGAUCCACUGGAGGCUCCUGUGUUUGAGAUCCCUCUACAAAGUGCGUUGGUUAACGCCGGCUCGGAGGUGCUGCUAAAAUGUGUUAUAUCUGCGAAUCCCACCCCAGAAGUGAUAUGGAGGAAAGAUCGCAUCCUACUGAAGAACAGUCCAACCCACCAGAUCCGUACCGAGGGAGAAAGACACACAUUGCUGAUCCGGUGGGCGCUGCCUUCUGAUUCCGGUAUAUAUACGGUGACCGCUCGCAAUGAGGUGGGAGAAGCCAGCAGCUGUGGAGCCCUGACCGUCAAACCAGCACCUGCCAAAGAAUCGCCGGCUCGCCGCGGGACUCCUCGUGAGGUCGUGAGUCCGAUAACUUCUGACGAUGAGUAUUUGAGCCCCCAAGAAGAUCUAAGCGAACCAGCAACCCCCCAGCACAAGAUGAUGGGCAAAGCACCCCUUCAGCACACCGUGACCUUCAAAGCACCCCCUUCGUUCAAGGUGGCUCUCUCUGACAAAUUGGUAUUGGAGGGACAGGAGGUGACGCUCGGUGUCCAGGUCCUCGGAGAACCUAAACCCAUCAUCAACUGGCUGAAAAACCGGCAGCAGAUAAAAGCUGGUGGACGGUACCGGAUAACGGAGCGAGACGGGGGGCAUUUCUCGCUCCACAUCGCGGCGGCCGAGAAGCGAGAUUCUGGGUUCUACACCUGCAAAGCAAUAAACGAGUACGGAACGAAGCAAUGCGAAUCCAAGCUGGAAGUGCGAGCCCCCCCUGGCAGUACCGGUCUGGAGGUGAUCGCCCCUUUGCAGGAUGUGAGUGUGAGCGCUGGCGAGGCGGCGGUGUUUGAGUGUGUGGUAUCGGGGCCAGCCGAUCUGGAUGUGGACUGGAUGGUCCGCGGGAAGCUGCUGCAGCCGGCGCUGCUGGACUGUAAGAUGCGUUUCAACGGGAAGCAGUGUAUCCUUCUCCUGAACUCCGUGCACGAGGACGACAGCGGGGUCUACACCUGCAAGCUGAGCACCACAAGAGAUGAGCUGACGUGUAGCGCCAUGCUCACAGUGCACCCUUCGUUGGCUCCUCUUUUCACCCGGAAGAUGUCAGAUCGCGAUGCCGUGGAAGGCCGCAGUGCCAGGCUGGACUGCAAAAUCAGUGGCACCCCGCCGCCUGUCGUCACGUGGUCUCACUUCGGUCGUCCGGUGCAAGAGAGCGAGACGGUCCGUAUCCUCAGAGAGGGGGGUCAUCACAUGUUGCUAAUCAGCCACGUGGCCACGGAAGAUGAGGGCCAAUACACAGUGACUGCCACCAACCAGCAUGGGACGGCCGAGUGCUCCGCGGAGCUCUAUGUAGAGGAGCCACGUCCGGCUACCGCGUCUCAUAUCUCUAAGCUGGAGAAGAUGCCGUCCAUCCCGGAGGAGCCGGAGGUGCAGGAGAGUGAGGUGGAGGGACUUAUGAUGCCCGAUUUCCUGCGCCCCUUGCAAGACGUGGACGUGGUGGAGUCCCGCGAGGUGCAGCUGGAGUGCCAAGUCACCGGCAUGCCGUAUCCCACCAUCACCUGGUAUCACAACGGACAGAAGAUCGAAAACUCAGAGGAACGCAGGAUGACUCAAUAUAAGGACAUUCAUCGCCUGAUGUUCUCCUCCGUCAGUCAUUCCCACGCUGGUGUCUACAAAAGCGUAAUCUCCAACAAGGUUGGAAAAGCAGCCUGUUACGCCCACCUCUACGUUACGGAUCUGGUACCUACCCCACCGGAUGGACCCCCUGUCAUUACCUCUGUGACCGGAAGGAUCGUCAAGCUGAGAUGGAACCCACCGAAAAGACUGGAUCCUGCCAUAGACCAGUCUCUGAUCACAUACACCAUCCAGCAGCAGGUUCUCGGCUCGCCCCAGUGGACGGUCAUCGCCGCCAACCUAAAACAUACCAACCAUUGCAUCAGAUCCCUGACCAAGGGUCACCUGUACAUGUUCCGUGUCGUCACGUGUACCUCCAGCUCACACAGCAAACCUUCUCCACCCAGCCAGAGCGUGGGGCUAAUUGAUAAAGGUCGUUACCUGCAAGAGGCGCCAUUGAUUCUAGAUCGCCCUGAACUCCUUUACAUGGUGGAGAAUCAGCCUCUGUGUGUGACGGUCACGCUCAACCACGUGGAGGCCGGAGUCACGUGGCGGAGAGCCGGCACCGUCCUGAACACCGUCGAUGGCGUGUGUGAGUUGAGUAUGCCGGACGAUGAUCAGCACUCGCUCACACUCCACAGCCCCAAAAAAUCCGACCUUGGCCAGUUGAUAUUCGAAGCCAGAAACCAGUAUGGAUCUGACCGCUGCACCAUUUGCAUCGAGAUGGCAGAAAUGCCACGCUUUGAUUCCAUCAUGGAAGACAUCGAGAUUGGCGUUGGGGAGACAGCUCGCUUUGUGGUGGUUGUGGAAGGGAAGCCGGUUCCGGACAUCAUGUGGUAUAAGGAUGGGUUGCUGUUGGCUGAGAGUGGACACUUCAGCUUUGUAUAUGAUGAUGCCGAAUGUUCUCUUGUGAUCCUGAACACCUCGCCUGACGACUCCGGGGUGUAUACCUGCACGGCACGCAACCUGGCCGGGGAGCUGUCCUGCAAAGCAGAACUGCAGGUGUUUGCCGAGGAUGCCGGGGCCAGCUCUGCAGGCAAUGAAAAAAGUAUAUUGAAAGUUCGGAGACUCACGGAUUAUUACAACAUCCACAAAGAGAUUGGGAGAGGCGCUUUCUCGUAUGUACGUCAUGUGAUAGAGAAGAGCAGCGGCUGCGACUUUGCUGCCAAAUUCAUCUCGUGCCGCGGCGCGGCCAGGGAGAACGCCCGCAGGGAAAGCGCCAUCCUGUCCCAGAUCAACCACGAGAGGUUCACCUACUUCCACGAGGUGUUCGAGAAGAAAAGUGCUCUGAUUAUCAUCAUGGAGCUCUGUUCCCAGGAGGAACUUCUCGACAGAGUGACCCGAAAAUCAUCAGUCUGUGAAUCGGAGAUUCGUUCAUUUGUGCGUCAGAUCCUUCAAGGUUUACAUUAUCUGCACCAGAAGAAAAUACUACAUCUGGACAUAAAGCCGGAGAACAUUCUGAUGGCCGACUCAAGCAGCGAUCAGAUCCGAAUCUGCGACUUUGGGAAUGCCCAAGAGAUCGUUUCAGGGGAAAGUCAGUACUGCAAAUACGGGACGCCCGAAUUCGUGGCCCCGGAGAUUGUGAACCAGAUGCCCGUCUCGCCCGUCACAGACAUAUGGCCUGUUGGGGUCCUGGCAUAUCUAAGCCUUACAGGAGUGUCCCCCUUUGUCGGUGAGAAUGACUAUACCACGCUGAUGAAUAUCCGUGGCUACACGGUGGCCAUUGAGGAAAAGAUGUUUGCAGGUCUGACCAGAGAGGCCAGAGGAUUUCUAAUAAAAGUCCUGGGCAACGAGAAACUGAGGCUCAAUGCUGAAGAAAGCUUGGAGCACCCUUGGUUCAAAACUUUAGCAAAAGGCAAAUGUAUCAGCACAGACCCUCUGAAACUUUUCCAGUCUCGUCGCAAGUGGCAGCGGUCACUCAUCAGUUACAAAUCCAAUAUGGUGAUGAGGUCUAUCCCAGAGCUUCUCCAGGAUAAAACCAACCACUUGUCCAUUGCAGUACCCAGGAAUCCAAAGGAGUCAUCAGGACUGUCAUCAUCUUCAGAUUCUGAUGAUCUCGAAGAGCUUCCCUUUGUCCCAAUGCCCCUUCAGGUCCAGUUCUCUGGCUCUCGCAUGUCCCUUAAUGAAAUUCCCACGGAUGAGGAGCUGCCUCCUUCAGCCACAGAAGAUGACAGUAUCCCAGAAGACCACAAUACAGAGAAGAAGCUCUCGGAUGCUGCCAAUAAAAUUACGGAACCUGAAAUACAGAAAAAGGAGGUUGUAGGGUUAUCAGCCAAACGAUCUAAAGGAUCCAUUGCAAGAAAGAGGUCAAGUGAGGCUGAAAGUUCAUCCUCCUCUGAUGAAGAGGUCUCAGAAAGUCAAAGGAAGCAGGAGCAUUCACGGAAGACUCUUAAAAAAGGGUCCAGCUUGGACUCUCCAGAAUCUCCUAAUGAGGAGCUUCCAGUUACACGCAGGGGUGAACUGAGGAGGGGGAGCUCUGCAGAUAGUGCUCUUUUGCUCAAUGUGUCCACCGAAGAAGAUGAAGGGAAAGAUCGAAUGGACAGGGGCAUGACUAAAGCAGCCUCAAUGGAACUGCCGACCAGAAGUCGCAGCCCAGGAAGACUAGAAGAUCGAGGACAGUUUCGCCGAAAGUUGGGGUCGGCUGAUGAAGAAUAUGCACAGCGACUUGAGAUGAUGCGGCAAAGAUUGUUAAGAGGUGGCGCUGCGGAUAAUAAACUAAGUGGUCUUAGAGGUCCUUUAAUAGAAACACUAUCAACUGAUAAAAAGAGAGCAGAGCAGCUGUCAAUGCGCCACCAAAAAUCUGAGAAGACACCUCCUUCACCAACCCCUGUUCCUUCAAUCAAACUGACCAGAGCCGCAUCCAGUGAAGCUGCUCCAGGCCGAGAGACAACAGAAGAAAGAGUCUUAAGAAAGACCAGCUCGUUCUCGCAUGGAGACACAGAGCCACUGGUCCUGCAUCGGAGGUCUGGUGCGCCACUGGAAAUCCCUGUUGCUCAAGCAGAGGCACAACGUCUAAAAGAAUCGCCUUCUCUCUCUGCCUUGACUGAUCAGUCGCGGUUUGAAUCCCGUCCUGAAACGCCUCAAAGAACGCCUCCCAAGUCAUUGACACCUGAACCAAGUCAAGCAGAUACAGAAUCUCCGGACUCAGAAACCCGGAAUGGCCAAGAAAAUGCAAAGGUUACUGCUCCAUCGCUUCAGCGCGAGUCCGAAAAAGAAACGCGUCCGGUGAAAGAUAUGGGGAGCAAGUUUUUGGAUGUAGUUGUAGAGGAUGGGGUGCCUAAGAAGUAUAUACCAGGAAUUGAGUCCGGAAGGGCACCUGAAAAGCCACCUCGGUUUGACACGACUUUGACCACAGCAGUUGAUUCGCCUGUAAAGGAAAUAACACCCAAACAACAUUCGACUUUAUCUUUAUCAACUAAGGGUGUUCCAUCAGUGUCGAAGAAAGAAACUUUACCCCCUCCAAAGUCAGCUAAAGAUCUCCCAUUAUCAGAAGUGACACAACAUUCACUGAAGUCAAUACAAUCUAGAGUAAAAACACCUGAGAAAGAGUCAACUGCUCAAGCUCAGAAUAAGGAGUCAAUGCAACCACAAGCUAUUGGUGCACCACCUCCAUCGGGGCAAAUAAAACAGCAGAUGCCAAGAUCAGUCCAAGCAAAAGAGCCAUCACCAGUAUCGAUGAAAGUAAAAGAGCCGUCACCAGUAUCGAUGAAAGUAAAAGAGCCGUCACCAGUAUCGAUGAAAGUAAAAGAGCCGUCACCAGUAUCAAUGACGGUAAAAGAGCCCUCACCAGUAUCAAUAACGGUAAAAGAGCCCUCACCAGCAGCGCAAGUAAAACAGACAUCCCCAGUAUCAGUCAAAAUAAAAGAGCCCUCACCAGUGACGGUGCAAGUAAAAGAGACCUCCCCUGUUCCUGUUUCCAUCUCUUCCUCUUUGCCUGUUAAGGUUACAGCAUCUUCAACAAAGCCAACAAAAACUUCAUCACCAAAACUUAAGCCGUCAAGAGACCCUCCAUCAGUCCCUUCGGUCCAGCCAGGUGUCAUUAAGACAGACAAAACGUCGCCCUAUGCCGAGAUGAUACAAACUCUUCAGGUGCCAACAUCAGAGGAAGGUACGGAGAAAACUGAAAAGCCACAAAAAAGUUCAAAAAGCAUCCAACCGGUUCAACCGAACCUUACAGAAAUACCAUUAAACCAAGAAACAGAAAGACUUAACCCAACCCCAAAUACCAAUGUGGCUCCAACAGUGACCAAAAAUGAUGAGGUGGACAAACUAGACAAAGCUUCCAAAGCUGCCAGCACAGAGAAUGUCCCAUUGAUCAGCAAUAUAGAUUCUGAAGAAGUCUUUGAGGCCAAAUUUAAAAGAAACCGGGAGUCAAGUCUAACGAGAGGUUUGAAGAUUCUCACCAGGUCUUGGUCUGAAGAGAAGAAUUUAGCAGCUGCGCAUGUAUCUCAGGAAGAGGAAAUGUAUCGACCUAGUCCAGUGGGUGUUCCUCUGGAAUUUCUCGUUCCAGAAGCUCUUGGGUUACAAGAAAGAUCUAAAUCUGUUCAGGACUUACCAGCAUCGUCUAGGGACCCAAGCUUUAUGAGAAGGCUUUCACUGCGCUUCAAGAAGACUCCAUCAACUGAGCGGAAGCAGAAACCCGCAGAUGAGGGGGAAAGUGGUGGCAGACGUCUUUCUUGGUCUUUAGGGCGUGGAAGCUCUAAAGAGAAGAAGGACAAUGAGAGCUUAAAGUCAGAAACAGGGUCAAUUGAAGCUAUCACAGAGCCGUUUACCAAGGAGAAGAAGAAAGCUAGCGAGUCACCUGUGUUGGCAAUGAGGAAAAAGAUUGGCAGCACCAUGGACCGCAUCUCCAUGAAGUUGAGGAGUCAGUCGGAGGAGAGAAGAGAAACAGACAGAACAGAAAGGAAGGAGGAGAGACCAGAGAAGCGGACACCUCUGAUGUCCUUGCUAAGGAGGUCCACCUCAGAAGGGGAGAACUUAAGACAGAUAGGGAUACCACAAAACCAGCUUGCAUCUCAAACUGGAACAGCACCCUCUACAGAGUCACUCCAGUCUGAAUUAAGCAUCCAAUCAGAAAUAGUUAAAGAUGAAAGAAAGUCAAGGUGGGACCGAUGGGGUCUGUCCCGUAACAAGAAGGAGAAGAUGGCCUCACAGCCAAAUAUCCCAGCCAGUCUGAUGCGGGAGGACGGCAGUAUCGUGGGCAGACAGUAUAUUCGCAAUGAAUCAGAUUUCCACCCCGUGUUCCACAUCAAACUGAAGGAUAUUGUGGUGUUGGAGGGCGAGCCGGUGUCUCUCUCCUGCCUGCCGGCCGGCAGCCCAGCGCCGCGAAUCCUGUGGAAGAAAGAUAAAAUAGUCCUAGAACCAGGGGAAAAAGUCAAUAUAAAGUCCUGUACGGACGGCCGGCAGAUUCUCACCCUCCCGGCAGCUGGACAGAGGGAGUCGGGGUUAUACGAGUGCGUGGCAGCAAAUGCGUUGGGGAGCGCCAUCAGUUCCUGCACCGUCUCCGUCGCAAGAAUUCCUGGACCACCAGGGACCCCGGAGAUCCCCCAGAAGUAUAAAGACACUGUUCUGGUUCUUUGGAAGGCCCCGGACCACAGCUCUCCCUGCGUCUACACGCUGGAGGCGCUGAUGAACGGGAAUGGAGAAUGGAAAGUGAUCAGCUCCAAGAUCAGCGACUGCUACUUCAAUGUUACGGAGCUUCCGGGGGGUUCAGUGAAGUUCCGUGUUGCCUGUGUCAAUAAAGCCGGACAGGGACCCUACAGCAACGAGUCCAGAGCCAUUGUCAUAGAGGGAGAAAAUCAAAAACCUGCAGUUGCCGCACCAUCGGUGGUCUCGAAGGCAAGACCAGCAGUGCCUACAGUCUCCCCUUUUGUACCAGUGGCUCCACGUGUUACAUCAGCCCCAGCAGUAUCUCAUUCUACCACUUCCACUUCUAAUCUGCCUCCACCGGUUGGGUCUCCUUUUGCAGCACCUUCUUCUGUUACAACAACCCAAGCAACUGUACCUCCUUUACAACCUCCACCUAAAGGACCUCCGCCACCGACCCCACCACGAAGACACAGAGGUUUCAUAUCCACCCCUCCGACUGCCCACAGACCAACGUUUGCCAAAACUGACACAACACUCCAGGCUUUGCCGAGUAGCAAAACACAGCCUCCUGAAGCUUCCGCGGCGGGGGCCGCAGGGUCCCGCAUUUCUACGGUCACAGUUUCUGUGACUCCUGGACAUACCGUGUCGCAUUUAAGAGUUCCACCUCCUCCUCCUGCUCAACAGGUGAAACCGUCUUCAGAGCCCAUUGGUAAAACAGCGCCCGUGUCCAACUUAUUAGAGGCCAAGACUCCCACCGUGGCGCCGGAGUCACAACACAAAGUUCCUCCCGUGCCACAGAUCGUUCCUCAAGUUAAAUCACCUUUCGUUCAGCCUACCGCAAAAUCUCCCGUGCCCGAAAAACCAGCUCUUCAGCCACUUAAGAUGCCAUCAGAACCUCGGAUACCACCACCAGUGGCUCCAAAACCAACUGCUCCUAUUAUGUUACACAUUCCCCCCUUUAAAUCUGCAACCAGCCCCACACCUUUAAGCCCCACUUCGAAGUCCCCACCUUCGUUCCCAUCCUCUCCAACCAGCCCAGUUUACAAGCCCUCGUCUCCUACGUCCCCAGCUUACAUGGUCACCUCAUUUGUGUCCAUGCCGCCAUCUUCGCCUACCAACGACACUGCUCCUCCUGAACCCACUGGGCCUGCACCGCAGACUGUACCCACACGCGUCCUAGUGAAAAGCGUCACCCCUGGAGGAAGAACAACACCUUCAGGAAGAGAGAGUACCACCCUCCGGCAAGGUGUCCCCCAAAAGCCUUACACUUUCUUGGAUGAAAAGGCAAGGGGUAGAUUUGGAGUGAUUCGGGAGUGUAAGGAGAAUGCCACUGGAAAGCACUUCAUGGCAAAAAUCAUAUCGUAUGAACCUGAGAACAAGCAGAACGUCCUCCAAGAGUAUGAGGUUCUGAAGUGUCUUCAUCACCAGAGGAUCCUGAGCUUGCAUGAAGCGUACAUCACCCCUCGCUACCUCGUCCUGAUCUCUGAGCAUUGCACAGGCCGAGAGCUGCUUUACUGCCUGGUAGAGAGGUUCCGUUACUCCGAGGAUGACGUGGUGAAUUACAUCCUGCAGAUCCUGCAAGGCUUGGAGUAUCUCCACGAACAGAAGAUUCUGCACCUCGACAUUAAACCCGAGAACAUCAUGGUGUCCUAUAUGAACACGGUUAAAAUCAUUGACUUCGGGAGCGCUCAGACAUUCAGCCCCUUAGUGCUGCGCCAGCUGGGGAAACGCGUGGGAACCCUGGAGUUUAUGUCUCCUGAGAUGGUGAAAGGGGAGCCCGUUGGACCCGCAGCUGAUAUUUGGGGUGUUGGAGUCUUAACAUACAUAAUGCUAAGUGGACGAUCUCCAUUCUUCGAACUGGACCCAGUGGAAACAGAAAAUAAGAUCCUUUCAGGGAGAUUUGAUAUUUUUAAACUCUACUCCAAUGCAUCUCAAAGCGCUUCCCUGUUCAUACGCAAACUCCUGUCCAUAUAUCCUUGGAGCCGGCCGUCUCUUCACGAGUGUUUCUCCAACCCUUGGCUUCAAGAUGCCUACUUGAUGAAGCUGAGACGCCAGACCCUUACCUUCACCACCAACCGGUUAAAAGAGUUCUUGGUGGAGCAACAAAGACGACGAUCAGACACCGCUACCAAGCACAAAGUCCUCCUUCGCUCCUAUCACGGCUCCCAGACUCAAGCUCCGGUCACCCAGUGAUUUUGGACAGAGGACUUUAAUCGGAUUGAAGAGGCUGAAGAGCCACAGGUGCAUUCCACUGGAUUGUGUAGGACCCUCAGCAGUCCCAAUCAAGACGGACUGGCCGGAAAAAAAGGACACACAAGCUAAAACCCUGUUUACUUGAGGGGCUCCUUGCUCUCCUUUGGGACAAGGUUGUACUAGACAUUGUUUUUAGAGAAUUCAUACAAUAAUCGAUUUAUUACAAGGAGGACAGUGAUGUCUAACGAGACAGGAGGUUGGGAACGGUGGGAAAGGGCCGCACGUCGCAUGAGACAGACUCUCUAGCUGUUUAUAUCCUAUACCCCUGAGUUCAAACACCGGUUCUUCCGCUGCUGUUAAAUGCUGCUGGCCUUUCAUUUGAGUAAACUUUGUUUUAAGGC